UGUUUUUAAAUUAAUUUUACCCGGGUACCGCCGUUCCCGCGCUCCUCCAUCGCCGACCAUGUGUAAUUCCAUCGCCGCCGACUUGAGAAGAUGGACUUUCACCGCCGCCUCCUCUCCUGCACCUCACUCCGCUCCUCCCGCACCCUCCAUGCCCUUCUACUUAUCUCCGGCCAGUCAGCCGAUAUUCUUCUUGCCACCGACCUCCUCAACCUCUACUCCCGCCUGGGCGAUCUCCCCGCAGCCGCUCUCUCCUUUAACCAAAUACCCAAACAGAACAUCUUCUCCUAUAACUCCAUGAUCUCUUCCUUCGUUCGCCAUGGCUUCUUUACCGACGCCUUCCUCUGUUUCCACAGCCUACUUGCGGUCCCCCAUCUUCGACCUGAUUCCUUCACCUUCCCCGUCGCCCUCAAAUGCUGCACGGCGUUGGAAGAUAUCAAAAAGAUGCAUUCUUUGGUAAAAAGGUCCGGUUUUGGGACGGAUUUGUUCGUGUCGUCUUCAUUGAUCAGCGGAUAUUCAAAGUUUGGGUCCGUGGAAUAUGCAGAGAAGGUGUUUGACGAAAUGCCUCUUAGAGAUUCAGGUUGCUGGAAUGCUAUGGUAUCUGGGCUUUGCCAGAGUGGAAGGGAGGAUUAUGCGGUUCAGGUUUUUAACCAGAUGGUCAAAGUGGAGGCUUGUGUGGAUAAAGUUACUAUUUCAAGCAUUCUUCCUGUAUAUGCUUCGCUUAAUGACUUAUUGAUGGGUAUGACUGUGCAUGUUUAUAGCAUAAAACAUGGUUUGGAUUCUGAUAUUUUUGUAUCAAAUGCUUUGAUUGAUAUGUAUAGCAAACUAUGUUGUUUGGAGGAUGCAAGACAUAUAUUUGAUUCGAUGGAGUGCAGAGAUUUGGUUACUUGGAACACUAUGAUUACCGCUUACGAACAAUUUGGCGAUUCGACUGUGGUGCUUGAAUUUUUCGGUUUGAUGAAGAGGAAUGGACUGAAGCCUGAUAUUUUAACAUUGGUUAGCCUGUCUUCUGCAGUUUCUCAGAUUCAACAUGAAGGUAAUUGUCGUGCAGUUCAUGGUUUUUUUGUGAGAAGAGGAUGGGAUGAGGACGACAUAUUUGCCGGCAAUGCGAUUAUUGAUAUGUAUGGGAAGAUCAACAAAGUUAAAUAUUCUCAGGAUGUGUUUGAUAGAAUGCAUGUAAGAGAUGUGAUCUCAUGGAAUACUUUGAUCACAAGUUAUUCACAGAAUGGACUUGCUAAUGAGGCUAUUGAGAUAUAUGAAAACAUGGGAAGGUAUGAGGGGUUGAAACCAGUUCAAGGAACAUUUGCUAGUAUUCUUCCCGCAUGCUCGCACAUUGGAGCUUUAAGAAAAGGAACGCAAAUUCAUGGACAGACCAUCAAAGCGGGUUUGCAUUUCGACGUGUUCGUCGGCACAUGUCUCAUAGACAUGUAUGCAAAAUGCGGUAAGUUAGUUGAUGCGAUGGCUUUGUUUGUUGGGAUGCCUAUAAGCAGCUCUGGUCCUUGGAAUGCCAUCAUAGCUGGACAUGGGAGUCAUGGGCAAGGCAAGAAGGCAUUGGAACUAUUUUCGGAAAUGCAGAGGGAAGGAGUAAAUCCAGAUCAUGUCACAUUUGUUUCAUUAUUAUCAGCUUUUAGCCAUGCUGGGCUAGUUCAGCUUGGCAAAGAAUACUUUCAGCUUAUGAAGUCAAGGUAUGGUAUUGAACCAAUGGUGAAGCAUUAUGCAUGUAUUGUAGACUUGUUGGGUCGAGCUGGGCAUUUGAAUGAAGCCUACAAACUUAUACAGAAUAUGCCAUUGAAGCCAGAUGCUGGUGUUUGGGGAGCUUUUCUAGCUGCUUGUAGGAUCCAUGGAAAUGUUGAGCUAGGAAGAUUAGCUUCAACAUGGCUGUUUGAAAUUGAUCCUGAGAAUGUUGGCUACUAUGUCUUGUUAUCGAAUUUGUAUGCGAGAGGUGGAGAAUGGAAAGGUGUUAAUGAAGUUAGAUCUCUGGCAAAACAAAGGAGUUUGUUAAAGACACCUGGAUGGAGCUCUAUUGAGGUAAAUAAUAAGGUAAACGUAUUUUUUACAGGAAAUCAGUCCCAUCCUCAGUAUGAAGAGAUGUACAAAGAGCUAGUGAUCUUGUUGGCAAAAAUGAAGAACAUUGGUUAUAUUCCUGACUACAGCUUUGUGCUACAGGAUGUGGAGGAUGAUGAAAAGGAACAUAUUUUAGCAAGUCAUAGUGAGAGGUUGGCUAUAGCAUUUGGUAUUAUAAGCACAAAGCCUAAAAGUGCUCUUUAUAUUUUUAAAAAUCUAAGAGUUUGUGGAGACUGCCAUAAUGCUACUAAGUAUAUAUCAAGGGUUACAGAAAGAGAGAUCGUUGUGAGAGACUCCAAUCGUUUUCAUCAUUUUAAAGAAGGAAAUUGCUCUUGUGGAGAUUACUGGUGAUCUUAAAUUAUUCAACUCCCUAUAAGAGCUAAAGAAGAGAGAGACAAUUACUUGAAGUUUGGAAGUAACACCAAUAGACCAAGAGCCUGCAAGAAUUGGUGUACAUAGAUGAUGAUGAGCCAGGUGAGGUAGGAUUUGGAUGAGGUACAGGUGGUGGGCAUGCCAUUGUUUAUGCUGCAACCACUCGAUGUUCCUCGCCUGUAUUCAACAUAGUUUGUUGGCCAUAGUUGUCCAGCACAUAUUUUUUUUCAAGCAAACAGUGAUCAACAGCCUCUCACCAUCUCUUAUUGGAAAAAUUAUUCUGUGCGGAAGUCGAAUCCCGUCCGGAUAACUAAGCAUGCAGCUCGGUACCUCAAUACCGCGGC